AUGGCGGUGAGUGGCGCCGCUACCACUGGCAACAUGUUCUUCGCCGACUCAAUCGUGUUUCCGCAGAAUGAGCUCUCUCCGUCCGCACAAGUUCUCAGGGCAUAUCAGCGACUCUCACACUCAGAACUUGUCCUUUUUCUGAAAGUUCGUAACCUACCGACCUCAGGGAGUGAUGCAGAAUUGGCUUCACGUCUGUCAAAUCAUGACUUGCACACCUACCACUUUCCAAGCACCAGCAGCCCCGACCACCCAUCCUCAUCCUCAUCUUCACCCACUUUGACGUCGAAACGACAGACAAUGACCCCCGACCUGCCUGUCGAAGUCCUCGCCGAUAUCAUGGACCAUGUAGGCGACUGGGAGCUUGCCAAAGCAGUCGGCGUACCGACGUCAUUGCCGCAACCCUCGGAAUGGGUGCGUGCAACGUGUACCGACCAAGCCGUCCUUACGGGUCAAAUAUCCGCCAUCCUCAAAGCCUCACCAUCCGCCGAAAACCCAUUGACGAAGACUGGAGCCAUUACAGCUAUCCGCUUCGGCUACGUCAACAUUCUCGAAUAUUUCCUAUCCCAACACCAUAAAAUGUUUCUUGAAGCCUUCAGCGACGAUCUUAUCCCCAUAAAAGCAUCUCGACAUGGACGAUUGAACGUCCUGUCCUGGUGGAAGCAUGGCUUCGAGCAACAUCCGGAUCUCGUGCCCCCGCCGAAACCAGGAUCGAUAGCAGAAGCUGUUGAUCGCGCCUCGAGGAACGGGCAGGUCGAAUCCUUGGAAUGGUGGAGACAUUGGGGUCGGCCGUUCGAAUACACAGAGGCCGCACUCGAAUACGCUAGUGCCAAAAACCAGAUCAGCGUUUUGGAUUGGUGGAAACGGCAACACAGGGCGACGGGUCUCCCAUUGAAGAUCGGGCGGGCGAUGGACAUGGCGAGCACGGCAGGGAACGUGGAGGCUCUCGAGUGGUGGGCUCGGUCGCAGCUGGAUGCCAAAUACGACCGGCAUGCUCUGCAGCAUGCGAGCUGUCAUGGGAAGGUCGAAGUUUUAGAGUGGUGGCUAGGCAGUGGUCUACCACUCAUGUUCGACCAGGAGGCACUCACUGGUGCCACCAGGCAUAACCGACCAGAGGUCCUGGAGUGGUGGGAUCGGUCGGGGUUGUCCAUCCAGUACCGGAUGUGCGACAUCGAGGAAGCGUUGGAGGAGUCUAUCAUCCCUGGCGACGAGGCGAGGAAUUGGUGGAAGCGGAAAGGGGUGGACUUCAACGCGAAUGAUAAGGAAUGGAUGAAACUGCAAAGCCUAAAUUGA